CUUUAUGUAUUUCUGGUUAUAACCAAAAAAUAUUUUUGUGGGUGACGUUUAGUCAUAGCAAUCUUUUAAGCUUGUUCAACGCAUAACAACUUAAUUAUCCCUUAUUUAAUGUCUGUAUAUUUCACAUACUACGUUCGACAAAUACUGAUACAAUGGAAACAAUAUUCCAUGAAAAGCAAGAAGGCUAUUUAUGCGCACAACAUUGCUUAAACGCACUUUUACAAGGACCAUAUUUUAAUGCAGUAGAUCUUGCCAGUUUUGGUCACGAAUUGGAUAAAGAGGAAAGAAUGAGAAUGGCAGAGUCAGGUGUUGACAGUGAAGAUUAUAGGCUCUUUUUAGAGCAACCAUCAGGGAAUAUGGAUGAUAGUGGAUACUUUUCAGUUCAAGUUAUUAGCAGAGCAUUGAAAGUUUUGGAGUUAGAGCUAGUCCCAUAUAAUAGUACUGAAUCAGCAGCUUUAAUGGCACGGAAAGAUCCUUCACAGAUGAAAGCAUAUAUUUGUAACUAUAAAGGACAUUGGUUUACUAUAAGAAAAAUUGGAAAACAAUGGUUUAAUUUGAAUUCUAUGCUAAGUGGACCACAACUCAUAUCAGAUACCUAUCUUGCAAUGUAUUUAACUCAGUUAAUACAAGACGGUUAUUCUAUUUUUAUCAUUAUUGGUACACUUCCUCAAUGUGCUGCAGACGAUGUUCUUAUGAAAAAUCCAGUAGUAGUUGCACCAAAAAUAAAAACACCUUUAAAAACAGACUCAAAAGGUUAUCGUCUGGGUGUUAGAGAAGAAGACGAACUGUUAAAAACUGCACUUGCAUGGGGAGAAGUGAAAAUACCAAAUACUUCUAAUAUAUUGAGAAUUCCAAGUACUACAGAUUCAACUAUAUAUAACAAACCAUCAACAUCUAAGGAAGAAGUGUCAGAGAAUAAACCACGAGAAAGGAUAAUUCCUAUAAAAGUCGAAGGUAGAGAAGAAAAUGACGACGAUGAUAAUACAGAGUUACAAAGGGCAUUGCAAUUAAGUUUAGAAAAUACUAAGAAGGAUGAUAUUGAUGAAUCUGUUAAAUUGAGAUUAGAUCUUCACAAUGAUAAUAAAGCAACUCAUACAUUAAACAUAACUGAUGACACAGACGAAGACGAUGAUUUACGAAGAGCUCUUCAACUAAGCUUAGAAUGUGUCACCGCUCCACCAACACCAGAUCCAGAAGAUUUGCGUUGGCGUCGAUUAAAUUAUUUUGGUGUAUAUUCAAGGUCAUCUAGUGCAGAAACAUCCCAAAAAUUAAACACUUAAUAAUAUGUGCAAAUUUUGUUUAAUGUUAUCAUUAUUAUUAUUAUUAUUAUUAUUAUUAUUAUUCUAUUACUAUCACUAUCAUUAUUAUUAUUAAAGCAAAUUUUAUUUGUAAAUUAUAAAUAACUAAUUACUUUGUAUACUAUCAACAAUAAAGACCUGGAAAAUGAAUGUAAAAAUAAAGAUCAUGUGUAUGUUGAAACUA